UUAUUGAGGGCCUGAUUGGGCCUUUAUAUUAUUGUCCAGUAAGCCUACUUGUGGCCCAGUCCAUUAACCCACCGGUUAUUAUUUUAUUCCAUUCAAACUCCGCGGCUUCUCCAACUGCCUUGUCUGCACUGACUACGUGACUAUGCCGUAUGCCCGGGUCGGUCUUCUCGGCAGCUCUUUCUCAAUCAUAGGGUUCAUUCGUUCUCUUUGACGACUCCAUUUCCUUUACUGUGAUUUCUCUCCCGGGAAAUGAGAACCAUCAACAUCCUUAUUCUCCUGCUUUUCCUUAGCUCCCAAACAGUCAAUUCCUGGAAGAGGGAGGAGUUUCGCACCUGCAACCAAGCCCCCUUCUGUAAACGGGCCCGCUCUCGUAAGCCUGGCGCGUGCUCUCUAAUCGUCCACGACGUCGCAGUUUCCGAUGGUGGGCUCACUGCGAAGCUCCUUUCCAAGGAUAUCCCGGAUCAAAGCCACGAUGAAGAUCAGGAGCCUUAUCAAAUCAAGCCCCUGAUUCUCACUCUCUCAGUCUACCAGGAUGGAAUUAUGCGGCUCAAAAUUGAUGAGGACCCGUCUCUGGACCCGCCUAAGAAGAGGUUCGAAGUUCCCGAUGUGAUUAUCUCCGAAUUCGAUGCUAAGAAAAUAUGGCUACAGCGAGUAUCCACGGAGACCAUCGACGGCGAUAGGGGGCCCUCCUCGAUCGUCUACUUAUCAGACGGCUACGAGGCGGUUCUCCGCCAUGAUCCCUUCGAAGUCUAUGUCCGCGAAAAGGGGCGUAAUGUCCGGGUUGUCUCGUUGAACUCUCAUAGUCUCUUUGACUUCGAGCAACUGAGAACUAAAAAAGAAGGAGAGGAUUGGGAAGAGAGGUUCAAGGGUCACACUGAUACGAGGCCGUAUGGUUCGCAGUCAAUCAGCUUCGAUGUGUCGUUUUAUGAGGCGGAUUUUGUGUCUGGGAUACCUGAACACGCAACGAGCCUCGCCCUCAAACCUACUAGAGGGCCCGAUGUGGAGCACUCCGAGCCUUAUAGACUGUUCAAUCUGGAUGUCUUCGAGUAUGUGCACGAGUCGCCAUUUGGGUUAUACGGGUCGAUACCCCUCAUGAUAGGUCACGGCAAGUCGGGCAAGUCAUCUGGGUUCUUUUGGUUGAAUGCUGCGGAAAUGCAGAUUGAUGUAUUGGGCCCUGGGUGGGACGCAGAGUCUGGGAUCUCCCUGCCUUCUUCACAGAGUCGAAUUGAUACAUUUUGGAUGAGUGAGGCUGGAAUUGUUGAUACAUUCUUUUUCGUGGGGUCAGGGCCAAAGGAUGUUGUUAAGCAAUACACAAGCGUUACUGGUAAGCCUUCUAUGCCACAGCUGUUUGCUACCGCAUAUCAUCAAAGCAGGUGGAAUUACAGGGAUGAGGAAGAUGUGGAGCAUGUGGACUCUAAGUUUGAUGAGCAUGAUAUACCUUAUGAUGUUCUUUGGCUUGAUAUUGAACAUACUGAUGGAAAGAGGUACUUUACUUGGGAUAAGGUCCAAUUUCCACACCCAGAUGAAAUGCAGAGGAAAUUGGCUGCUAAGGGAAGGCACAUGGUGGCAGUUGUUGAUCCUCAUAUUAAGCGGGAUGAGUCCUUCCCCUUGCAUAAGGAAGCUACUCAGAAGGGGUAUUAUAUUAAGGAUGCAAGUGGAAAAGAUUUUGAUGGGUGGUGCUGGGCUGGCUCUUCUUCUUAUGUGGAUAUGUUGAGUCCAGAGAUUAGGUCAUGGUGGGGUGACAAAUUCUCAUACGAGAACUAUGUUGGUUCAACUCCUUCACUGCAUAUUUGGAAUGACAUGAACGAGCCUUCUGUCUUCAAUGGUCCUGAGUUGACUAUGCCAAGGGAUGCUUUACAUUUUGGAGGCGUGGAACACCGUGAGUUGCACAAUUCCAAUGGAUAUUACUUCCAUAUGGCAACAUCUGAUGGGCUUUUGAAGCGUGAAGAUGGGAAAGAUAGGCCUUUUGUUCUAUCAAGAGCCUUCUUCGCAGGAAGCCAAAGGUAUGGAGCAGUUUGGACGGGAGACAAUACAGCAGAUUGGGAUCAGCUGAGGGUUUCAGUCCCAAUGGUGUUGACACUUGGUCUUAGUGGAAUGCCGUUCACCGGUGCUGAUGUUGGCGGAUUUUUUGGUAAUCCCGAGCCCGAACUAUUAGUUCGCUGGUACCAACUUGGUGCUUAUUAUCCUUUCUUUAGAGCCCACGCCCAUCAGGAUACCAAACGAAGAGAACCUUGGUUGCUUGGAGAGCGUAAAACAGAACUUAUAAAAGAGGCAAUUCAUGUUCGUUACAUAUUGCUCCCAUAUUUCUACGCCUUAUUCAGAGAGGCAAACACUACUGGUGUUCCUGUUGCUCGUCCAUUGUGGAUGGAGUUUCCUUCUGACGAAGCUACGUUCAGCAAUGAUGAAGCUUUCAUGGUUGGAAGCAGUCUCUUGGUGCAAGGAAUCUACACAGAGCGAGCUAAACAUGCAUCAGUGUAUUUGCCUGGGAAAGAGUCAUGGUAUGACAUAAAAACUGGAAGUACUUAUAAGGGAGGCAAAUUUUACAAACUGGAUGUGUCAGAAGAGAGUAUCCCUGCUUUCCAAAAGGCUGGAACCAUCAUACCAAGAAAAGAUCGAUUUCGUAGAAGCUCUACUCAAAUGAUUAAUGAUCCUUACACUCUGGUGAUAGCUGUAAACAGUUCCCUGGCAGCUGAAGGUGAACUCUAUGUUGAUGAUGGCAAGAGCUUCGAAUUUGAGAAAGGGGCCUACAUACAUCGCCGCUUUGUGCUCUCAAACGGCAAACUUACAUCCUCAAACAUGGCUUCUGUUCCUUCAGGAAAAUCUAUGUUCUUUUCAGAGUGCAUUGUAGAGAGGAUAAUACUACUUGGAUACCCGUCUGGACCUAAGAGUGCUCUCAUAGAACCAGCAAAUCAGAAGGUUGAAAUCGUGCUUGGGCCACCUUGGCCACAAGGAGGACGUGGGAAAGCUGUUGUAACCAUACGCAAGCCUGGUGUCCGGAUUUCAGAUGAUUGGACGAUUAAAAUCUUGUGAGCGCUGCUGAUUCCCAUUUAAGUUCAAUCAGGAAUACAAAAUCUCUACUGUUGUAACUUGUAGGGACUCUUGAUGAGCAGGAAGCUCAUAGCCAUUGGUCAUGAAAACCGUAAAGCACAAUUUGUCAUGUACGAUUUACACGUAAAGCAGGCCGCCCUCCGUAGGACCUUCAUGAAUUGUUCUCUCUCCUUUUGCUCUCCCAAGGAGCCGCAGUAUUUAAUAACAAAUGGUCCAAUAGAGGAGUUGGUAGACUGGUUUUUGUAAAGAUUUGGACCAUCUGAACAGUUGUCCUUUUUUUUUUUUUAAGCUUGUGCAUGGUUAGAAAUAUCAUGGCGUUGAGAAAUUGUGAAAUCCUGUAACAGAAACCAAGUUUUCUCCUUUGUAGUUAGUGAGAUACUGUCAUUGUCUAAUUUCCUUCCUAUGCAGGUCCUGAAGUCGUUACA